AUGGCUUGGUUUCUCUUCUACCAUUUCGCUAUCGAAGCGUCGAAGGUGGUUUUCGCCUCGACCGUUCUCAUCAAUCUUUUGCUCAUCUACAUGACCAUCAAAUACACGAAACGGAUCACCGGAGUAUACAAGUACAUGAUAAUUUUGUUCGCCGCGAUUGGAAUUCUCUUCACAUUCAUGAAAGCCACCUUGCAUCCGUACCUUCACUCACAUAAUUGUGGUAUCGUGUUCUUCAGUUUGGAAGCCGAUUGGGGAAAAUUCAAACAGGUGGAAGUGGCUCUGAUGAUCUACACUGGCGUGUAUUCGGCCAUGAUCUCACUUGUCGCAAUUCAGUUUGUCUUCCGUUAUUGGAUACUUUUCUGGUAGUUUCUGAGACAAAGGGCUUUUCUGUUUUAUAUGUAAAGUUUCAGUAAUGAGAACUUGAAGUACUUCAACACGUGGCGCUGCAUAUUCUGGUUCGGCUACGUGCUUCUCAUUGGAAUGGGCUGGAGCUUCAUGAUCUACUUGUGUGCUCCGUCUGACCGUUAUUCGCGGAACUACAUGAGAGAGUCCUUGUUCGACACCUACGGAAUGGAUGUGGAGAGAACUGUCGGCUUCUUCGUCGUCGUUUAUGUGCGUUAUAAGCACAGAUCCCCGUUGCCAGAUACAGUAAUAUUAACUCUUUUCAGAACGAAGAUCAUACUGUCCGGUGGCACAAUGUCGCCUUCAUCGCGGGUCUUUUGUUCGAUCUAGUGGGAUUUAUCUAUUUGACUAUCAUUUUUGGGACUUCAUGUUUUCAGAUCAUUCAAUACGUGAUUGUGAUAUACUGCGGCACAACAAUGAACCAGAAAAUGAACGAGAAGCUCGCCAGCUUCUCAGUCGCGCACCGUCGGCUCCAAGAGCAACUGUUCCGAACUCUCGUUCUCCAAAUCACAAUCCCCUCGAUCAUCUUCCAUCUUCCAUUCAUUCCCGUCCUCUGUGCGCCUCUCUUCAGACUUGAUUUCGACUUUGAGUCCGGUAUGAUCUACUGCCUGUUCAGUCUGUACCCGCCCAUUGACAGCGGCAUUCUCAUGUUCGUAGUGCACGAUUAUCGGCACGCAAUCAUAAGUAAGUGAGUACGUAAGAUUACUAACGUGACUCUGAUUUUAGAACUGUUCAAGAAAUCACAAAACUCAAUAUCAGGAAGUGUAUUCGAGCGAUUAACCCGGAAUUCAAUCCUGACUUUAUGAAGAACCCGAUCGCAGUUCAUAAAUCAUACAAACAUAUUCACAAAGUCUUCAUUCUCAACCACACUUAAUUUUUUCGUCUCGACAUCCUGUUGUCUCGAUUCAAACUACAACCACUGAAAUGAAUAAAGAUUGUAUUUUUUUGGUCUGUAAAAACUCGGGCGGCUCAAUCAAUGAAUGGUCAAUCCCUCAGACUCUUGAUACGUUCUCAACAGGUCGUCCGUGUCCCGUUUUUGGAGCCGCGCAGGUUCACGCACCCACUCGAUUACUGUUUAAACAGCUAUCAUCGUCACUUUGGGCCCGCGAAUCGGCUCGGAAUGUGGACAAACAAGGUGGUCAGCUCAUCAGUUGAUGGAUGAUCCUCUGCCCACUGGAUACGCAUAUACAUUUCUGUUCUGUCGGAAUGAGUGCUCUCGUUUCCAAUGUUCACACCUUGCUCUUCCUCUUGUUCAUCCGUUUCUCAAACAAUCCGCGUCGUCUUGUCGAGCAUUGUUUUGGUUUUUCCGUCCCUCUUCGUGUUUUGUUGCCUCCGUUCUCAAUGAAUUCACAAUUUCGCACUUUUCGAUAGACACUCAUUGGAUGGAAAGUCAGCUGGGCAAUGUGGAAAUCUAUCCACCGUCACCUCAACCACCGCCAGCCAUCGGAAGGAUCCGCCGAGGGAUGUAGGUAACAGAAGCAAGAUUGGUUUCUAAAGAUUCUAACACUUUUCCAGGCUCUUCGACAUUCCCUGGAUCAUAAUUCUGAUCCAAUUCAUUGUGAUUCUAGCUCUCGUCCUCGGUCUGUUCGCAUUUUUCCUCACCAGAACUGGCUCUUCUGUUCAAACGUAUUCCACACGAACAUAUCAGAGUUUCGAGCUGCAAACAAUGUCUCCGAGCAGUUCUCCGCUCACAUUCCGCAGAAGAUACAAAACCACUUCGGAGUCCCCGCAAGAAGUUGACUUUGACUUCUCGGAAGAUGUUGCUCCCACCGAAGAACGAGUGGUUACCAUUGCUCCAACAACCAGUAGGCUCACAACUCGGUCCUCUAACAAUAAUUCCAGUAAUCUCGUUCAGAAUUUCAUCACAGCACCCUUCUGGAGGCAGCCAAUAGUGUCGAAGUGUUCGAGCAUGAUGAAAGCCUACGGGCAGCCGUAUUCACAGUCUCUCAAACGUGUUCCGAACUUGGAAAGUCUAUAUUGGUGCGGGGAGGAAAUGCAGUCGACGCGGCCAUCGCGGCAAGCUUCUGUCUGAUGGGAGCGGCACCGAACAAAGCAAGUUUGGCUGGAGGAAUGGUGAUGACUGUGAAGAGCAAAACGGGAAAUGCGACGACCAUCAUGGCCAGGUAGCCACUUCGGACUUCCCCUGAACUUAAUGAAUUGCAGAGAGAGUGCUCCAUUGAACACUGACGUAGAGCAACUUCAAAAGCAUCCUGAAUUGGCCCAAGUUGGCGCAAAAGCUGUUGGAACUCCCGGAGUGCUCAAUGGGCUUUUCCGUGCCUAUCAAAAGUUCACCUCGAACAGCGUUCCCUUCAAACAACUUGUUCUUCCUACUAUCCAGCAAUGCAUUCGGGUUUAGAACUGAAUUGAAUCAAAACAAGACAAGAAUAUGAUUAUUUUCAGGGCUUCGAACUUCCGGAGGACCUGAAAAACGUCUCCCGCACAUCUGCGCUGUCGUCAUUUUUCAAAGCGAACCAGCAGAAUGACAAGUUGUUCUGCGGUUCCUUAGCCGCCACUUUGACCGAAAUAUCCGAAUACGAGAACCCGUUGGAGGCAUUUUAUCAUGGAGAGAUGGCACAGAAAUUAGUGAAAGAGUUGGGAGGAUACUUAACGGUUUCCGAUCUAGAAGACUAUGAGAGCGAUGUGAACGCAGCAAUCUGUACGGAAAUUGACACGGACACAAAGUUGUGCGGACCGGGGCCGCCCUCUUUGUUUGCGGUCCUGGCCAACACUUACUUGGCCACCAAAAGUUUGCAAUUCUGUGUAACGUCUACUAACUAAAAUGCAAUUUCAGAUAUGUCUAAUCUGGAUAAGGUUAACGAAGUGGUCCGGUCCAGCGUGGGAUUGGCCGCGAAAAUAGCGGAUCCGAUGUUUGCGAAGAGCAGCAAAAAGUAUGCAGAAGAACUUGCGAAGACUUCGAAACGGAACAGCGCUGAGAUCAAGGAGUCUUCGGUGAACUUCACCGAGGACGGAUCGACGGAAGUGCUUGUGAUAGACGAGAACAACAUGACUGUCAGUGUGACUUUGUCCCUUGGAGAUGAGUGAGUCUAAUUAGAACGCAGAACGUUUGAACAAAUCUUCAGCUUUGGAAAUCUGUUCUACUCCUCAUCAGGCUUUUUCUGGAACAACAAAAUGAGAUAUUUCGACCUGAAGAACCAGAAUGUUCCGCUUUCAUUGCAACCUGGCAAAGUGCCAACCUCCCUGGCCGCCCCAAUCAUCGUGGUUAAAUAUAAUUCAGUGGGUCCUCAAGUGACUCCGUCAACUCAAUUUAACGUGUGUCCCCAGGUUCUGGCAGUGAGCGGGGGCGUCGAUUUUCUCGGACUCGUGCACCUCCUCCGCGAGAUCACGCACAGAAAUUACGACUCAUCGAAGGUGGCGCCGUCGCUUUUCGUGCAGAACUCUGCAGUUUCGCUCAAGUCUCCCUCCAAUAAAUACUCAAUCACGGGCUAUUGA